AAACGAACGGAGGUCCUCUCCCGCGAACAGGCUCGCGUUAAACAGCAAACCAAAGCCCUCCGUUGAUCUCGUCCCCGGAUGCUUUCAUUGUAUAUAAUAUAAAAAAAAUCUCCACUCCCUAGUACUCUCUUUUCCCAGGAUCGAUCUCUCUCUCUCUAUGGAGCUUCGCUGCGUUUCUCCUCGAGCUUUGUCCCUUCUCUCCUCCUCUUCCGCCGCCUCGUCUCCUCCUUCCCCUUCUUCUUGUUCCUGUUCUUCUUCCCCGGGCGCCGGCCUGGGCUUCUGGCCGCGGAAGGGGAUCGGUCGGACGAGGAUUAAGGCUUCGGCGGAGGGGAGCGGCGGGGAGCCCCGCCGGAGGGGGUUCGCUGCCGGUGGCCCCGCGAUGGAGGUCUCCACUUCGGCCUCCCCUUCCUCCUCCUCCACAACGAUGGCGACCACGGUCGUCGAUCGGAGCUUCGGUGGCGGGGAUACCGAGUUCCGGGCUUGGGAGAACCUCGGAGCCGUCUUAAGACUCAGCUUUGGGAUCGGGAUAUAUGGGGCUAUGGCGCUGGCGGGGAAGUUUAUAUGUUCGAUUACAGGAGUGGAUUGCACGGGAGGAUUCCAUCCGUCGCUAAAAGCUAUUGUGGAGGGAUUGGGAUAUGCGGCUCCACCAAUCAUGGCUCUGCUCUUCAUCUUAGAUGAUGAGGUGGUCAAGCACUCACCCCAGGCUCGUGCCAUUAGAGAUGUGGAGGAUGAGGAGCUCCGGAGUUUCUUCUAUGGCAUGUCACCAUGGCAGUUCAUACUCGUUGUUACUGCAAGCUCAGUAGGGGAGGAACUUUUCUAUCGUGCUGCUGUUCAGGGGGCGUUGGCUGAUAUGUUCUUAAAGAGCACUGAACUCAUGAAAGAUGCACGUGGAAUCGCAUCUCUGACCGGCAUGCUGCCUCUCUUUGUCCCAUUCGCUCAGGCAUUUGCAGCUGUUAUCACAGCCGCCCUUACGGGAUCACUUUACUAUGUUGCAACUGCUCCAAAAGACCCUACAUAUGUCGUUGCACCGGUAUUCCAGUCUCGUUCUGGCCGUGAAGACCUUAAGAAGCUUUUUGCAGCUUGGUAUGAAAAGAGACAAAUGAGGAAGAUAUAUUCUCCUCUUUUGGAAGGACUACUGGCUCUCUACCUUGGUUUUGAAUGGAUUCAGACGGAUAAUAUCCUUGCUCCUAUGAUCACACAUGGGAUCUACUCCGCUGUGGUAUUGGGACAUGGACUUUGUAAAAUUCAUGACCACAGGCGUAAGCUGCGCCAAAGAAUCCAUCAAGUGAGGGUGGAAGCUGAGAAUUUAAAUAAAUCAUAAAGCUGGUUGGAUAUUCAUCAAUGUUUGCAAGAAAGAAGAGAUGCUUUGGCUUGAACUAACACAACAAUCAGGGGCCAGAACUUUAUGGUGGAACGGCUACGCAUUAUGCAACAAGGAGCUGUAAUACUGUAAAAAAUGUAAUCACCUAGGCAAUUUAUUUUGUGCAUUGAUACUAUAUCGAAUGCAAAAGGGAUGCUCACUGUCUUAUAUUACGCAGGUCUAUAUGUCUUUUAGGUUGCCAAAACCAUGUUCUUUC